UCACUCCCCCUUAAUUUUCAGCCCCCUCUACCCUAGCUUAAUUACUACUCUCUCUUCACUUCCCUUUCUCGUCCCCAUAUCACACCUCUCUCUCUCUCUCUCUCUCUCUCACACACACACACACACAGAUCAUGAAUGAAGAUCAACACCAUCCAAACCUUCAAGCUUCUUCAUCUUCUUCUUUCUCUUACCAUAUUUUCUUCCAAUCAACUCAAGAUCAAAGUGGAUAUUAUCAUCCCGAGCUAAAACAGCAACAAGAGGUUAACAAUCUAGCUGCGCAUGAGGUCUCAUAUGAUGAUGUAGAGAACGAGAGUGACAGUUGUCUCAAAUUAUCUUUAUGGAAGAAGGAAUACACAAAUGAAAAUCAAAUUAGUGAGAACAAUAUUUCAGUCAAGUGGAUGUCUUCAAAAAUGAGGUUGAUGCAGAAGAUGAAGAACUCGGAUCGGACACUCAACUUUCAAGAUCAGAAGCAACCAUCAUCUCCUAUAGAAACUGAGAACAGCAGCAACAGUUCCUCUAACAAUAGCAACAUCCCAGUUAGGGUUUGUGCCGAUUGUAACACAACAAAAACCCCUCUUUGGAGAAGUGGCCCUAGAGGUCCUAAGUCACUUUGCAACGCAUGUGGGAUCCGGCAAAGGAAGGCGAGAAGGGCUAUGGCGGUGGCGGCAGCAGCAGCAGCAGCAAAUGGGACAUUUGUUGCAACUGAGAGUAGUUCAUCAAUGAAGACUAAAGUGCAUCACAAAGACAAUAGAUCAAACAAGGGACAUGUUUCCCACUACAAGAAGCGGUCCAAACUCGGCAUCUCAUCAGAUCAUGCUAGAAAAAAGCUUUGCUUUGAGGAUUUCUUGAUAAGUGUGAGUAAGAAUUUGGCUUUUCACAGUGUUUUCCCUCAAGACGAGAAGGAAGCUGCGAUCCUUCUAAUGGCUUUAUCUUGUGGCAUUGUUCGUGAUUGAUCACUACUUUUUCAUAUCCCUCAAUUCCAUGCUUCUUAAUUAAUUUAGUAGGACUAGCUAGAGCAUAUUUAUUUGUGUGAGACUCAGACUAGUUGAGUCUGAUCGUAGAUCAAUCAGUAAGAGUACUAUUCAAAUCUUGUGAGCAACCAUGCAAAAAUAAAGUGAAAAACACAAAUAAAUUUGUAUGAUGGACUCAUGAGCUAGGUCGUGGAGGAUUAAUUUGAACAGGUCGAUAACCAAAGUUGGAUUUCUUGUUCAUCUAUCUCUGAUAAGGAUAUCGAGUUUAAUAAAGUAUUAGAUGAUUAUAUAA